AGAAAAUUGUCAAUUUCCUUGUCGGUAUCGAUAUUCGCUACAAUAAUAGCGUUUUUAAUCUAUCAAUAACCUUUGUAAUUUACAAUCAGAUAAAUAAAGCUGAAAAACAUGUCGGAAGUAAAGACCGUGGUGGCAGGGAUAGUUAACUUUUUAAAACAACAACUUGAAAGCGACGCGUUGAACGUCGACUCCCGGGAAAGCGUAGAAGUCGCCGUGCAGUGUAUCGAAACUGCCUACGAGUUGACUCAAGAUGAUAUUUCAAAGGGAGUGGAUCUCCUGCAGCUGGUCAGGCAGCAGAGCGGCAACGCGAGCGCCAUCAAAGCUGAAGCCGAAAAGUUGAAAAACGAAGGCAACGAGUGCAUGAAAGCGGAGCGUUAUCGGGAGGCCCUAGAGAAGUACAGCCGCGCUAUCGAGUUAGAUCCACGUAACUCCGUCUAUUUCUGCAACAGAGCCGCAGCGCACUUCAAGCUCGGCGAGCACGAGUCGGUGGUGGCCGACAGCAUGGCGGCGCUCGCGCUGCAGCCCAACUACGGCAAGGCGCACGGGCGCCUCGGCAUCGCGCUCACGGCGCUCGACCGGCACGUGGAGGCGCGCGCGGCCUUCGCGCGGGCCGUGCAGCUCGAGCCCGACAACGAGUCCUACAAGGAGAACCUGCGCCUCACUGAAGAGAAGCUCGCGCAGAGCGGCCGCCCGGCCAUGGAUCUGGGCGGCUUACUUCAAAACCCGUCACUAUUAAAUAUGGCCACGGAGCUCUUGUCAGAUCCUAAUAUGCAGAAUCUCAUUUCGGGCCUAAUGGAUAACAACGCAGGAGCGAACGCUCCUGGAGGAGUGAACGCUUUACUGGAGGCCGGACAAGCGCUGGCUCAACAGAUGCAGGCGGCGAACCCGGAGCUGGUGGAGCAGCUGAGGCGGCAGAUGCACCCGCCGGGCGGCCCCGGCGGUCCCGGCGGCAACCCUCCUGCCCCGGCGCAAUAAACAUUUAUUGUUUUAUCAGGCUAAGUGUGGACUUGCCCCGUUGCAACCCAAAUUAGCCCUGUUUUUAUUUAGUUUCCUACAUAAAAAUAUAUUAUUUUAUGAGAAUGUAAAAUAUUAAAUUAUUCUUUCGAGCGCUCACUAUUUAAUAUUUCGAAGCUUUUGGAUUUAUUUAUUACAAGAAUAAACAAAUGUUCCGUCUUUUGCAUUUAUCAAUCUGUGGACUGUUACACUCUGUAUACUAGUUAGGGCAAACAAAUCACUGCAUAUCGUGCAGAUUAGUGAAUAGAAUUAUGAAACUAUUCAUAUUGUGUAUAUUCUAUACUGACAAAUGUUCAGGUCAUCAAAAUUAUACUUAGAUAUUAAGACUAUGAUAAUUGGUGUUGAAUAAAUAUAUCCAAAAAAUAAUAA